AAUUUGUUAGUCUAGUCGGCAAAGGCAAAUACGCUCUGAGCGGAAUGGUCGGAAACGUGCUGGCAUUAAGUAUGAACCUGGUCAACAGCGAGCGUUUACGCAUCUGAAGUUUUUUUUCGAGGUUUCAGUCUGUCUCGAUUUGAAGGAUCGAGCAGAAGUUCUGUGAAGUGAGGCUCAUGUUUCCUUACUAUCCUGUUGACGAAGGUGACGUAUUCGGAGGUGCGGAUACAAAUGCCCAAUAAGUCGCUUGAGCGAAAAGAAGUGGACAGACAAAAGAGAGUAUGUGCACAUAUCUUUUUCUGUUUUUAUAAUUUUUGUUUUCACUUAAUCAGUGGUCAGAAUGCCUUCAUUUCUUUUUCGUUCGUAUCGUUAUAUAAUUUUUUUCCCAUUUCUUCACGCACAUCACAUGCCAUGUUUUACAUUACGAAGUUGAAAUUCACAUGCGAAGGUACU